UAUAAAAAUACCUACAUGUUUCGGGAAAUUUGCGAUUAGUUACUCGCUGAAGACCUACAAGGGCGAGUAUGACAUUUGCCAGUCUUCUCGCAUAUAUAACUAGUAUUCAUACGUUCAGUUGCACACGGAAACUUGUUUCAACGCUGUUGCGUAGCGCAGAUACAGUUGGAGAAAUCUGUCGACAUUUUUGCACGAAAAAAAUCGCGGAACCAUGGAAAAAGAAGAGGAAUUAUUAAUCAAAACAUUUAAAAGUCACAAAAGUAAAAUCGAACGAAUAUUCAAAGAAAUAUCAACUAUUAAUCCGAAAAAUUCUAAAGAAUCGAAAGAAGCGAGAAUCAAAGGGAAUAAUUUGUACAUUAAGGGCAAGCAUACUACUUUAACUCAUAGAGGCAUAUUUCAUUUUUAUUGUCAAAGUAUUGCCUUGGCACCCAAAAAUUCAAAAGAAGAAGCGCAAGCUCUUGGAAAUUUGUCAGCAUUUUUAUUACAUAUAGAAAAAUUACAAGAGAGCAUACAAAUAAUUGAUAGAGCUCUAGCUAUUACUCAAUCCCAAGUGUUGAGAGUCAAAUUAUUGUGUAGAAAAGCUGAAUGCUUAGCUAAAUUAGGGUCUUCUAAGUAUGAAUCAGUUUUAGAAGAAGCCCAAAUGACUUAUGAUAGUAUCAGUGAUUCAGAAAAUGAAGAAAAAUGUAAACUAAAUAUAAAAAAAUUAAUUGAAAAAGUUAAAAAUACUGGUGGAGUUACAAACGAAAUUUUUGAGAGAAAAGAUCACAAAGAUGCUUUGAACUUACUUGCUAAAAUAGAACAAACAAGUAUUAAACAAGCUGUGUCAGUUGAUUACAAUGAAAAAUAUGGUAGACAUUUAAUAGCUCAAAAGGAUUUUAAACCAGGAGAUGUUAUCUAUGUUGAAAAAAUAUAUGCUGCAGUAACUGAUUCUGAUUAUAACUUUAGCAAUUGUAAUAAUUGCUCAUUAGUUCCUUGGACUUCAGUACCCUGUGAUUAUUGUACUUGGGCAGUUUACUGUUCAGAAAAUUGUAAAAAAGUAGCUUGGGAAAAGCAUCAUGAUAUUGAAUGUUCAGUCAUGCCAAAUGCUUUUAAAUUAGUAUCAAAUUAUAUGAUGUUUUACCAUGUUUGUAUUAGAAUGCUUAUACAAGGAUUGAAAGAAAGUGGUAGCAUUGAUCAGUUGAAAAAAGACUUGAAAUCAGUUGAAGACUGCUCAGAUGUUUGCAGUAGAGGUUUUUCAGAAGACGAAACAUUUUCAACAUUCAAAAGUAUAUACUCACUGAUAAAAUGUGGAUAUAAGUAUAACUCAUCAUAUUUAGAUAUGAUGGCUGAAGAUUCAUGGAUCAUCUUAAUCAUAUUAAUAAAAUUGAGUCCUUUGCCUGAAAAAGAAAUUGAUUUAACUAGUUUUGUAUUGAUGAAACUAUGCUACAUCAAACAUAAUAAUACAUUUAUAUACUCUCCAAAUGAAGAUGAAGAUCCAGAACCUGGUUUUGGUGCAAUAAAUCAAUUAAAAGAUGAGACGAGCAGGGUUGUGAUUCCACUAACCAGCCUUAUAAAUCAUAGUUGUUUUCCUAACGCAAAAAGAUAUCACAUUCAGGAUCAAAAAGUGGCUCUCUGUGCUUUACAACCAAUUGGGAAAGGCUCACAACUAUUUAUAUCCUACACUUCAAUGUUCUUUACAAGAAGUUAUGAGGAUAGAAAAAUGAUUUUAGAAAAAUAUAAUUUUGAAUGCGAUUGCCAGCCUUGCAUCGAAAAAUGGCCUCCAAUUUUAUUACCAAUUUUGGAUUGUUCUCUGAACAUCGUGGACAUUGCCAAAAGCUCAAUAGAACGAGAAAUUUUAAAAACUUCCCAAGAAGUUUUUACUCUUUAUUUCGACAAAAAGUAUCAUCUUUUCGAUAGAAAAGCCAUCGAGACUCUAUCGAAAGCCGUGGAAAAAUCUUUAGAAACAUUACCGCAGCCUUCUAUUUUAACUUGCUACAUGAUCGAGUGCUUGCAAUCUGUUUUGACGUUCGUUUAUGGGCACUCGAAACGAACAUUCGAAAUGGACUGUAUGAGUUCGAAGACCGCAGCAGUAUCUCAAAAAAAGUAAUUCUUCGGUUAU